UUGCCUAGCACUUUAUUACAGUGUACGGAUGGAUGGGAGGACAUGUUCUGCUCUUGAUGCUGUUCUUCCUCAGUAGUGUGAUUGAACACACACAUUUCUAUAGUUUAAGACUCUCCUCAAGAGACACGUGUGGUGAAAGAAGAGGAAAUCUUCUCCGAUUGCAGGGAAAUGUUGUAUGGUAGCAGCUGUGUUUGUGUCUGGAAAGCCCCGGAUCUGGUUCUCUAAGCUCAGAGAUGUUGUGGCGUUUACAUGCCCCCUGCUCCUCACCUAUUGACUUACUUUAUUAAAUAAACGCCCCUCAAAUCCUUCCACCAAAGUGAGUCUUUAUAGGAUUAGACGUGCGCAAACAGCCUCCAUCAGAGGGAUCCACUCUCUCCGGUGUGAUGGAGGAGCGCUGGCGUCACCAGAUGAUGAACUAAUGGAUGCAUCUACAGCUGUGACCCUUCAGACUUCCACCAAUGACACGCUUUCCACAUGUUACCAAGACCCGUCCACCCCUCGCCAUUUAAAACCUGCCAACCCGACCAAAGGCCGCUCUACACCUGUGGAAGAGAGAGGCACUGAGGCUCAUCUGGAUCUGGAAUAUAUUGGGAAUAAAUAAAGACCAACCAAUCAAUUUGUGGGGACAUCUGACUGAGGCUGAUGGUGAAGAAGUUCAGCUCUUCAGAGACACGAUGAGGGUUGUGCUGGUGUGUGUUCUGGCGCUUCAUCUGGCCGGGGUCAUGGGGCACUGGUGUGAACACACGGUGCAGGAGACGGUGGAGAGGAUGCUGUCCCCCCGUGAGCAGCGAGAGGUGGACUGUUCCUCGGUUUAUCAGUUUAACACACAGGGCUGGAGGCUGGACGUGGACCGGAUGCGGCACGAACACGGCGGAGACGACGGCAUCGCCCUUUAUUACAAGGGACAGGGGUCCAAAGCGUCCUGUUACAUAUUCAAACCUCCAGAGAUUGAGACGGAGACGCUGAACCGCACGCUCAGACAGUGUUGUGAAGGCUGGGCCGGCCCGCACUGCUCUCAUGGAGUGGGUGCGCGGGGUCAGUGCUUCUCCACCUGGACGUGUGAGGAGUUCCCCGGGGUUGGUAACUCGUCCCUCAUGACGCUGGAGCAGUGCUGCGGUCACCUGUGGGGAUUGAGCUGGAGGAACGCAUCCGACCAGACGUGUCUGUCGUGCACAUACACACUCCUGCCCGACGUCAGGUCUUCUCCGGUCAUCCGUGGCGUCCGUGACCCGCAGGCGUCCGGCACCUGUAUGAGCUGGGGCGGGACACACUACCGUACCUUUGACCGGAAACACUUCCACUUCCAGGGCAGUUGCACGUACCUGUUGGCCUCGUCCACCGACGGGACCUGGGCCGUUUACUCCAGCUCAGUGUGUGACACCGCGGGACACUGUCGCAAGGGCCUGCGGAUGAUGUUGGGUCUCGGCUUGGUCUCUGUUCACAAAGGAAACAUGACAGUGAACGGCGUGUCUCUACCGCAGGGUGAACCGCUCUUCCAAAACGGAGUCAGCGUUCACUGGCUGGGGGACUUUGUGUUUGUGGAGAGCGGUUUGGGCGUCAGACUGAAGUUCGACAUGGAGAACACCGUCUACCUGACCGUUACCGCAGAACACCUCACGGCCACUAGGGGGCUUUGCGGAGUUUACAACAACAACCCAGAUGAUGACUUCACUACCAGCGGUGGAAGUGUGUCUCAGUACGCCGCCAGUUUUGGAAACUCCUGGCGUGUACAAGAUCAGCAAGGCCAGGUGUGUAGUGAUGCUGCUGAGUUGGGCCACAGCUGUGAUCUCUCGAGUGACGUUAGUCUUCGCCGUGACGCAGAAACAGCAUGUCAUCGUCUGAAGGAAAACCCCUUCUCACACUGCCAUCACCAGGUGGACCCCGGGCCGUACAUCGACACGUGUCUGUAUCUGUUCUGCAGUCUGGAGGCGAGCGAGAGAGAGACGGCGGUGUGCGAUACGCUAGCCGGCUACGUGCGCGAGUGUGCGACGCAACACGUCAUCAUCCGCUGGAGAAACGCCGGCUUCUGUGAGCGUGUGUGUCCGCGCGGUCAGGUGUUCUCGGACUGCGUGUCGUCCUGUCCUGCGAGCUGCUCGUCUCCCGGUCCCGCGGCGUCGGGUCAGUGUCGGGACGAGUGUGUGGGGGGGUGUGAGUGUCCCCCGGGGCUGGUCCUGCACGCGGGUCAGUGUGUGCGGCGGGCCGACUGUCCCUGUUUCCACCGGCGCCGCACAUACAGCGCAGGAGACGCCAUCACACAGAGGUGCAACACAUGUGUGUGUGGAGCCGGUCAGUGGGAGUGUUCUGGAGAGAGAUGUGAAGCUCAGUGCACUGUGAUCGGAGCGAUGCACGUCACAACAUUCGACCAGAAGAGAUUCAGCCUUCAGAGCGCAGACUGCCAGUUCACAGCCGUCGAGGAUUUCGUGGACCGGAAGUUGAGCGUGGGCAUCAGCGCAGGACAGUGUUCAGGAGGAUCUGCUGGGUGUCUGAGAGAGCUGAGAGUCACUGCGCUGAAGACUACACUCACUGUCACUGACUCAGGCUCAGUGCUGGUGAACGGUCAGCGAGAGCUUCUGCCGGUGGUCACAGGAGAUCUGAUGGUCCGAAAGUCUUCCUCCAGUGUUCUGCUGAUCCAGGCGUUCGGGGCUCGACUGAUGUGGCAUCUGGACGGGCCUCUCCUCCUCAUCACCCUACAGCCCGGCUUCGCUCAUAAGGUUCGAGGAUUGUGUGGCACUCUGACCUGGAGUCAGCAUGAUGAUUUCACCACACCCGAGGGGGACGUCGAGAACAGCGUGUCCUCGUUUGCCGCCAAAUUCAGAACGGGCUCCUGCCCUUUGCCCUUAGCGAUGACCUCUGACCCCUGCGGGAUGUACACCCAGCGGAGACAGUACGCAGAGAGUGUGUGCUCUGUGAUUCACAGCUCAGUGUUUCAGGCGUGUCAUGACGUGGUGGACCGAGAGCCGUACAUGCGUGUGUGUCUCAGUGAAGUGUGCGGCUGCGACCCGCUGAAGUCGUGCCAAUGCACCGUCCUCGCCGCUUACGCCCGCCAGUGUGCCCAGGAGGGGGCGCCGCUCAGCUGGAGGAAUCGCACAUUCUGCUCGGUGCGGUGCUCUGGAGGACAGGUGUAUCAGGAGUGCGGGCGUCCGUGCGGGUCGUCCUGUGCCGAUCUGUGGAGCGGCUGGAGCUGCGAGGGCGACGAGGGCCGAGGGAACUGUGUGCCGGGGUGUCAGUGUCCCGCCGGACUGGCACAGGACACUCAGGGUCAGUGUGUGCCCGUCCACAUGUGUCCCUGCACACACGGAGGCCAGAUCUAUCCCGCGGGGAGCACCAGACAGAACAACUGCAACACCUGUGUGUGUGCGCGUGGCGUGUGGAACUGCACAGAUCUCUCGUGUCCGGAGGUCCAUCAGUGUCCAGGAUCUCUGGUCUUCUCUCCUCGGUCGUGUCUGAGGACGUGCUCCAGUCCCAUCUCUCCUCUGGACGCCUGUGCUGAGCCCAUCCACGGCUGUGUGUGUCCGGACGGGACGGUGCUGCUGGGUGAUCAGUGUGUGAAGCCAGACGAGUGUCCAUGUCAUCACAACGGCAGACUUUAUUUCACCAAUGACACCAUUUCUAAAGACUGCAACACAUGUGUGUGUGGCGAGCAGCGCUGGCACUGCGGUCAGGCGUUUUGCUCGGGAACCUGCGUGGCCACGGGCGACCCUCACUACAUCACGUUUGACGGGCGGCACUUCUCGUUCCUGGGCGACUGCGAGUACGUGCUGGCGCAGGAGUCCAGCGGGCUGUUCAGUGUGAGCGCAGAGAAUGUGCCGUGCGGGAGCACAGGGGUCACCUGCACCAAAUCUGUCACGCUCACCGUCGGGAACACCGCCAUACAUCUGCUGAGAGGGAAAUCCGUGACGGUGAACGGGAUUCCCGUGACUCUCCCGAAGGUGUAUUCGGGCAGCGGGCUGAUCCUGGAGCGGGUCGGGCUGUUCGUGUCCCUCUCGUCUCGGCUCGGAGUCUCUCUGCUCUGGGACGGAGGCAUGCGUGUUUACGUGCGGAUAACUCCUCAUUUGCGCGGCCGGGUUGGAGGAUUGUGUGGGAAUUUCGACGGAGACGCAGAGAACGACUUCACUACAAGACAAGGCAUCAUGGAGUCGACCCCGGAACUGUUCGGAAACUCCUGGAAGAUCAGCCCUUCGUGUCCUGAUGUCCCAGACCAGGAUCUCCGCGACCCCUGCGCUAUCAACCCUCACCGCGUGACGUGGGCCAAGAAGAAGUGUGCGGUGAUCAGCCAGGAGAUGUUCGGCUCGUGUCACUCAGAGGUGCCGUACCAGCAGUACUACGACUGGUGUGUCUUUGACGCCUGCGGGUGUGACUCUGGCGGCGACUGCGAGUGUUUGUGUACGGCUGUGGCUGCGUAUGCGGAGGAGUGUAACCGCAGAGGAGUGUACGUGCGCUGGAGGUCACAGGAACUCUGCCCGCUGCAGUGUGAGAAUGGGCUGGUUUACGAGGCCUGUGGUCCCGCCUGUUCUCCAGCGUGUCCCAGCACUCCUUCCCUCUCUGAUUCUCUGUGCCGAAGCCUCUCCUGUGUGGAGGGAUGUUUCUGUCCUCACGGCACUGUUCGGCACGGUGAGGUGUGUAUUCCUCCGUCUCAGUGUCCGUGUGAGUGGGACGGGUCUUUAUUCCCGGCAGGAGCCGCUGUCACUCAACACUGUCAGAACUGCUCUUGCUCUGACGGCGCGUGGCGUUGCGUUGGGUCUCCGUGUCCUCCUCCGUCUCCCUGCGAGGACUCGGAGUUUCGCUGCUCGGCUGGAUCUCAGCGCUGUAUUCCCUCCGUCUGGCUCUGUGAUAACGAAGACGACUGUGGAGACGGUUCUGAUGAGGUCUGUCCGUUCACGUGUCCACCGGGUCGGUUCCGCUGCUCCACCGGAGCCUGUUUACCGCUGGAGCUCAGGUGUAACGGGCAUCCCGACUGCGCUGACCAAUCAGACGAGGACUUCUGUGAGCCGCACACGGCAGAACCCGGCUGUCCCGAUGGAGAGUUCAGGUGUGCUAACGGGCGCUGUCUGCCGGUGAGGAAAGUCUGUGAUGGGAGGCUGGAUUGUGGAUUUGCUGAUGAUUCUGAUGAGUACGACUGUGGGGCCGUGUGCCGGCCGGACGAGUUCCUCUGUUCCUCGGGCCGAUGUGUUCUGUAUCUGCACCGCUGCGACGGUCACGACGACUGCGGAGACUACAGCGACGAGAGAGAGUGUGUGUGUGCGCUCGGAGAGCUCCAGUGUCCCGGAGAUCAGUGUGUGUCCGCAGAGAGAGUGUGUGACGGUCACAGAGACUGUCCGUCCGGCGUCGACGAGCUCAUCUGUCCAGUCAAAGGUUGCAGUCAGUUUGAGUUCGGGUGUACGAGUGGCCAGUGUGUGCCGAUCGCGUGGCGCUGUGACGGAGAGACCGACUGCCUGGACGGGAGCGAUGAGAAACCGUGUUCCCGUACCUGUCAACCGGACCAGUUCCUCUGCCACAGCGGAGACCAGUGUGUCCAACACCAGCAUCUGUGUGACGGGACGCCCCACUGCAGGGACGCCUCAGACGAGAGCCUGGACAACUGCGGUUCCUUACGGAUUCCUCCCUGUCUGGACAGUUUCUCGUGUGAUAAUCGCACAUGUGUGAACGUUUCACGUGUGUGUAACGGGGUUCCCGACUGCCCUAAAGGAGAGGACGAGAUACUCUGCGAUAAAGUCAGGCCCUCCACAGCGCCCCCUAGUGAGCGAAACACCAGUCACGUCUGUCCUGAGUUCACCUGUGCUGAUGGGUCCUGCGUUCCCUUCAACACGUUGUGUAACGGUGCAGCAGACUGUGUGUCGGACGGGUCCGAUGAGACGGGCUGUGGUGUUUGGGGCCCCUGGAGCCCCUGGAGCCCGUGCAGCCGCAGCUGUGGAUCCGGGACCGUGAGCCGGCAGAGACGCUGCCACCCAGAGGAUCCAGACGGACACUGCAGAGGAGAGCAAACACAACGACAGCAGUGUUACUCCACCGCCUGCCCGGUGGAUGGCUACUGGCUGCCGUGGGUCACAUGGUCGAACUGCAGUCAAGGUUGUGGUGGUGUUGAGGUCCGCCAGAGAGAGUGUUUCCCGCCACAGAACGGAGGCCGAACCUGCACUGAACUACCUGGAGAAACUCCCCUCACCGUCGACAUCAAACCCUGUCCUCAAGACGGUUGCGCUAACGUCUCGUGUCCGGCGGGUCUCGUCACACACACAUGUGCGCCGUGCCCUCUGACCUGCGCUCACGUAUCCGGGGCAACGACAUGUGAUCCCAACGCAGACUGUUUCACAGGCUGCUGGUGUCCUGAUGGGAAGGUCAUGAACCACGAGCAUCAGUGUGUUCUGCCGGAGGAGUGUGUGUGUGAGGUGUCUGGGGUUCGGUACUGGCCGGGUCAGCAGGUCAAAGUGGGCUGUGAGAUGUGUGUGUGUGAGAGAGGUCGAGCGCAGCGCUGUCAGCCCAACCUAGAGUGCUCAGUUCACUGCGGCUGGUCGUCCUGGUCCCCGUGGGGCGAGUGUUUGGGUCCGUGUGGAGUUCAGAGUGUGCAGUGGUCCUUCCGGAGCCCCAAUAACCCGUCACAACACGGCAGCGGCCGGCAGUGCCGAGGGAUCUACCGCAAGGCCCGGCGCUGUCAGACAGAGCUGUGCAGCGAGUGUGAAUAUGGUGGACACACACACACGGUUGGCGAGCGCUGGAAAGGCGGGCAGUGCCAGCUGUGUCAGUGUUUGCCCAACUUCACCGUGCAGUGCGGCCCGUACUGUCCUUAUGCUGCCACUGGAUGCCCACAGGGUCAAACUCUGAUCCCAGGGGAAGAAGACAAGUGUUGCUAUUGUGAAGAGAAAGGUGAUAUCACCACCGUCGUGACGCCGACACCGAUGGUCCUGCCCAUAACGGUGGGACCCUCCACACCACCAGAGGGCCCUCCGACUGUCCCAACUUACCCCCUGCCCCCUGGAGACGAGUGCUGGUCCUCUCUGGGCGUCCCCUCGCUCCCCGACUCCAGCUUCAGCGCCUCGUCCCAUCAGCCCGACCACCCUCCGUCCGCGGGACGUCUGCACGCCCGAGACCCGCGCGGGGACCUGCAGGGCUGGAGCCCGGAGCCGAAGGAGUACCGAGAGCUGUCGACCGGGACCCCUGAGGAGACCGGACCCUCCACCGGCCCGUUCCUCCAGAUCGACCUGCUCCGGCGCCACAACAUCACAGGCUUGCAGACUCAGGGCGGCGGCGUGUUCGGCACGUUUGUGUCCAGCUUUUAUCUGCAGUUCAGCAGCGACGGCCGGCAGUGGUUCACGUAUAAAGAGAUGAUCUCGGACGCCAGACCCAAAGCAAAGGUGUUUCAGGGCAACAGCGAUGACCGCGGCGUAGCUCUGGCCCGUCUGGACCGGAUGGUGUCGGCUCGGUUCGUGAGGAUUCUUCCUCAUGACUUUCAGAACGGGAUCUAUCUGCGAGUCGAGCUCAUGGGAUGCGAUGACGGAGCGGGCUGUGUGUCGGGUCAGUUCUCCUGUCCUCCUCCAGGGGGGUGUGUGGAAGCAGAGCGCCGCUGUGAUGGAGUCCCUCACUGUCCUGACGGGGCGGAUGAGAGAGACUGUACACACACUAACACCACACACACACCCCCCACGGCCCCCCCGCUCAGGACGCCCACCGCCAGAGUGACGACCACCACUGAAGCAGGACCUGGGCCGAGAGGUGACUGCUCUUCUGCUCUGGGAUUGGAGGAUGGGCGUGUCCAUUAUGGUCAGCUGACCUCGUCCUCGUACAGAGAGAAUAACCCUGCUGACGCGGGCCGUCUCAACAUCGUGCCCAAUGUGCUGGUGAUGGAGCCGGGGUGGAGUCCUCUUCCUGGAGAUCCUCAUCCGUAUUUCCAGGUGGAUUUCCUGGAGCCCACGUGGAUCUCCGGUGUGGUGACGCAGGGCAGCGAGCGCAUGUGGGGUUACCUCACCAAAUACAGGCUCGCUUUCGCUCUCACACACACCCACUUCCUCAACGUCACUGAGACCGGAGACAGAGACUCUCCUCCCAAGAUAUUCGAGGUGAGGAUGGUCGGCCGGACGCCGGUCACUCGCUGGUUGGACAGGCUGAUCAGAGCUCGCUUCCUCCGGAUCAUUCCUGUAGAGUUUCGUCCCACGUUCUACCUGCGUGUGGAGGUGCUGGGCUGCAGAGGAGAUGAGUUGGUCACAGCCAGUAGUGAAGUGAGCACAGCGCCACCUGGUGGACCGGGAUUACAAAACCACACGGGACCGACAGGACGUCCUGGUCACUAUAACUACACAUCUGGACCUCCAGGACUUCACACCAGGAGUCCACAGGACGGGAGCCCGGGAGUGGCUCCUCACACACACCUGACAACAGCGCCACCUGGUGUCAGCACACCGAGGACAGGGUUCUGGGAAACGUCCACAGCGUAUGAUGAUGGUUUACCCAGAGUCCUGUGCGUGGAAGGACAGUUCUCCUGCAGGACGUUUGGUUGUGUUGAGGCUGUGCUGGUGUGUGACGGACACGAGGACUGUCCCGACGGCUCAGACGAACAUCGCUGUGGCCCGGUCACACAGCGCCCCCUGGAGCCCGACCGCUGCUCCUCCAAGCAGUUCCGCUGCUGGAGCGGCGAGUGUGUGAGUUCAGAUCAGAGAUGCGACCUCCACCGCGACUGUGCCGACGGCUCGGAUGAGAACGACUGCUUCGACUGUGUUCUGUCUCCCUGGACGUCCUGGAGUCGGUGUAGUGUAUCAUGUGGACUGGGUUCACUCUUCCGGCAGAGGAACAUCGUGAGAGACGCUCGACCCGGUGGAUCCUGUGGUGGAGCUCAGUUCGACAGCCGGCCCUGUUUCAUACGGGCCUGUCCAGUGGACGGUCAGUGGUCGGACUGGACGCCCUGGUCCGACUGUGGCGUGUCGUGUGGCGGAGGACUGAUGGUGAGGAACAGGUCCUGCUCGAACCCUCCGCCCAAGAACGGCGGCAGAGACUGUGACGGGAUGAGCAGACAAACACACGCGUGUAACACACACUCCUGCGGGACAACUACGGACGCACAGAGCGGUUGCACAGGAGGAAUGGUUCUGGUUAAAGAGUCGGACUGUUUGUCUGGGAUCAUGGAUGCGUGUCAUGUGACCUGCUCUGACCUGCACUCCGACAGGAACUGCACAUUAAACUGCACUACAGGAUGUUAUUGUCCUGCUGGACUCUUCCUACAAGAUGGACGCUGUGUCGACGUCAGUGAGUGUGAGUGUUUGUGGGAAGGUUCGCUCAUCCAGCCGGGACAGGAAGUCAGAACCAGCGUCUGCAGCUCAUGCGUGUGUAAAGAUGGGCGUGUCACAUGUGAUGAGUCCAGCUGUGUCGCUCGCUGUGAUUGGUCGGCCUGGUCUUCGUGGACGUCAUGUGACAGCAGCUGUGGGACGGGAAUCCAGCACCGUUACAGAUCUCCUCUGAGUCCGAUGGGAGCGUCGAGGGUCGAUCCGUGUGACGGCGACUCCACCGAAGCCCGUCGAUGUUUCACUCCCUGCUCAGACGGCCCUGAGCGAGUGUGGAGCGAGUGGACGCUGUGGUCCGAGUGCAGCAAGACGUGUUUCCAUCACGUGGACGCGGUGGGACUGAGACGUCGCUUCAGGAGCUGUAAUCACACCGACACUAGCGCCACCUGUGGGGGAGAAGCGGAAGAACACGAGCCGUGCAACACACUGCACUGCCCCGUUGCCGGUGGCUGGUCGUCGUGGUGGAGUUGGUCGAGCUGUUCUUCUGAGUGUGAUUCAGGAGUUCAGACUCGAGAGCGUGUGUGCAGUUCUCCGGCUCCGCUGCACCAAGGCCUUCGCUGUCCCGGACCGCACAUACAGACCCGAGACUGCAACGUCCAGCCCUGCUCUGGUGUGUGUCCGGAGGGCAUGACGUUCCUGUCGAAGGAUCAGUGUGUGUCUCAGGGCGGCGCGUGUCCGCGUGUGUGUAUGGACGCCACGGCCGAAGUGGAGUGUGCCACUGAGUGUCAUGAUGGAUGUUACUGUUCUCCCGGCUUCUAUCUGUUCAACAACACGUGUGUGUCUCUGCAGCGCUGCCCGUGCUACCACAAGGGGGCGCUGUACAGUCCGGGGGAGCGAGUGCCUCAUGACGACUGCAACAACUGCACAUGUGUUGAUGGAGUGAUGCAUUGUGGGACGGCGCCCUGCCCUGUGCAUUGUGGGUGGAGUGAGUGGACGGCCUGGAGCGCGUGCAGUCGGUCAUGUGACGUGGGCAUCAGGCGGCGCUAUCGUUCGGGAACCAAUCCAGCGCCAGCUUUUGGAGGACGAGCCUGUGAGGGCGAACGCAUCGGACUGGACACAUGCAGCGUCAAACCCUGCUUCGGAGUGAAGGGCCCGUGGAGCCCGUGGUCCGAGUGUUCGGUUCCCUGUGGCGGCGGAUACAGGAACAGAACCAGAGGCCCGGUCAGGACUCACGGGACGCCUCAGCAGUUCAGCGCCUGCAACCUCAAGCCCUGCGGGAGUGGACGCGCUUGUACGAAUGGCCAGGAGUGGGCCGUGUGUGUGAGAGAGGAGCUGUUGUGUUCGGAUCUGGGCUCGGACGUCCAGAGAGAUAGCAGCUGCCAUCCCGGCUGCCAGUGUCCUGACGGCUCUGCCCUACAGGAUGGCGAGUGUGUGCCUCUCCCGCUCUGUCUCUGUCAUGUAGACGGAGAGCAGCACAAACCCGGAGCCACGGUCACCAAAGACUGCAACAACUGCACAUGUGAAUCAGGGAAGCUGGUGAACUGUACGAGUGUGGAGUGUGACGUGGACGGCGGCUGGUCAUCGUGGACUCCGUGGGGUGUGUGUUCGGUGUCGUGUGGCGCUGGUCUUCAGUCGCGCUAUCGCUUCUGUUCGGACCCGGAGCGAGCUGGGAGCGGCCUUCCCUGCGUCGGCUCGGACCGAGAGGACAGAGUGUGUGUGUCGGCGCCCUGCAGCAGAGACGGAGGCUGGAGUGUGUGGUCGUCCUGGACCGACUGCAGUAAGUCGUGUGGGGGGGGCGUGAGGAGCCGCAGGCGGGACUGUGAUCGGCCAAUCAGAGGAGGAGAUGGAGACUAUUGCGAAGGACUGAGAACUGAAGUCGUCACGUGUAACACAGACCAUUGUCCAGUGUCUUCAUGUUCACACGUGCCAGGAAGUGUGUUCAGCGCCUGUGGACCCUCGUGCCCGAGAUCAUGUGACGACCUCACUUUGUGUGAGUGGCGCUGUGAGCCGGGGUGUUACUGCACGGAUGGUAAAGUCCUGAGUUCUGACGGGUCGGAGUGUGUGGAGAGAGACGCGUGUCCCUGUCUGGACCUUCACACCGGACGACGAGUCCGACCCGGAGAGAGUGUGCAGUCUCCAGACGGAUGCAACAGCUGCACCUGUAACGGAGGGAAACUCUCCUGCGGUGAACAUCCGUGUCCAGUGGACGGCGGCUGGUGCGAGUGGGCCGACUGGACGCCGUGUUCGAAGACCUGCGGGCAGGAGUGGGUGUCCCGUUACAGGAGCUGCGCCUGUCCUGAACCCAGAUCAGGAGGAGCGCCGUGUUCAGACCAGCAGGAGGAGCACAACGGACUGGGAGUCCAGAUCCAGAGACAGCCGUGCCCGUCCGUGUCCUUCUGCCCCGUCCACGGGUCCUGGGGCUCCUGGAGCUCGUGGUCGGACUGUGACGUGUGUGUCGGUGUGUCGGUCCGGCUCAGGGUGUGUAACAGUCCUCCGGCUCGGUUCGGCGGUCUGUCGUGUCUCGGAGAGAGUCGUCAGACCCGCGGUUGCCAUGACAACGCCACCGUCUGUUCUGACUGCGGCGCUGGACAGGAGGAGUGGGCCUGUGGGAAGCCCUGUCCUCGCUCCUGCUCAGAUCUGCACACACACACGGAGUGUGUGGACGAGCCGGGCUGCAGUCGGACCUGUGGCUGUCCCGGAGACACGCUGAUGCAGGACGGGGUGUGUGUGGACCGAGAGCUGUGCCGCUGCACGUUUCGCAACCUCAGCGCAGCGGGAAUAAACUCUGGGAAUGUUUCCUGGGAAUGGCCGGGAUCGUCGGACUGGCAGCAAGCAGACCCAGGAGAGACCGUCACCACCGACUGUCAGAACUGUACAUGUGAAGCCGGUGUGCUGCAGUGUGACUCCGCUCCUGGAUGCUCCGUCGACGGCAGCUGGAGCCAAUGGGGUCGCUGGACAGAUUGCUCCGCCCACUGUGGAGGCGGGGUCAAGUCGCGCUCCCGUCAGUGUGAUAACCCCGCCCCUCAGAGCGGCGGCAGAGAGUGUACGGGCUCCGGCCGACAGCAGAAAGAGUGCAACACUCACAACUGCACAGAUUCGGGCCCGUGGUUGGACUGGUCGGCGUGGUCCUCGUGCUCGGUCAGCUGUGGCGGAGGCUCUCAGAGUCGAACCCGCUCCUGCCGGACGCCCCCCUGCUCCGGGAUGAGGCGCCAGAGCAAGACCUGCAACACACACGUGUGUCUGGAGGUGGGCUGUCCCCCUGGCCGUCUCUACAGGGAGUGUGAGGACGGGGAAGGCUGUCCGUUCAGCUGUUCUCAGGUCAGAGGUCACGAGGGCUGUUACUCGGAGGGCUGUGAGGAGGGCUGCCACUGUCCACCCAACACCUUCCAGCACAGCGGCUCCUGUCUGCACGAAUGUCCAUGUCUGGUGGACUCAGACUUCCUGACCGCUUUACAGAGUGUAUCGUUGACCCCUGAGUUGACCCCUGACCUCCUGAACAUCAGCGUGGGGUCAGAGCUGGCGUCGGGAGAGGAACUGGUGCAUGAGUGCAGCUCCUGCUGGUGUGAACACGGCGUGUGGAACUGCUCUCUGGCGGCCUGUCCCCGUGAUGGCGGCCCGUCCCCGUGGGGCCCCUGGGGGUCCUGCUCGCUCAGCUGCGGGGGUCUCGGCCAGAAGCGGCGCGGCAGGACCUGCACCCGGCCCAGUCCUGCUCACGGGGGCCGAGACUGUGACGGACCCCUGACGGACACCGCGUACUGCCAGACGCCCGACUGCCCGCUGGUCACAGUUCCGACAGAGGAGCCAUCUUUACCAGAUGAGGACGCUGGGAUGUCGCCGUGGAGCGCGUGGAGUCCGUGUUCCCGAUCCUGCAGCGAUCCGGCUUCUCCGGCUGUGAAGUCCCGCAGGAGAGAGUGUGUUCAGGAGCGCUGCUCUGGAGAGACUCGGCAGGAGAGAGUGUGUAAUCUGCCUCAGUGUCCCGAUGGAGGUGUGUGUCAGGAGGCCGAGUGUGUGCUCAGGAACUGCUCCUGGAUGCAGUGGGGCGAGUGGAGCUCCUGCUCUCGGUCCUGUGGCGUGGGUCAGCAGCAGCGGGUCAGAACCUUCCUCGCCCCGGGCCUCAACGGGACCUGGUGUCCGGACAUCCUCGGCGGGAACCUGGAGCACCGCUUCUGUAAUAUCCGGGCCUGCCGCGUGGACGGGGGCUGGUCCCGCUGGAGCUCGUGGUCUCGCUGUGAUAAGGCGUGUGGCGGAGGACGCUCCAUCAGGACCCGCUCGUGCUCCAGUCCUCCGCCGAAGAACGGGGGCCAGAAGUGCAGCGGAGAGAAGAACCAGGUCAAGCCCUGCAACACCAAACCCUGCGAUGAUGCCGGCUGUCCUCCAGGGCAGGAGUUUGUGUCGUGUGCGAACGAGUGUCCUCAGCGCUGCUCCGACCGACAGCAGGGCAUCGAGUGCCGGACCGACGCCGAGUGUGAGCCGGGCUGCCGCUGCCCACGAGGCCAGCUGGAGCAGGACGGUGUGUGUGUUCAGCGGUGGCAGUGUGACUGCGUGGACGCGUGGGGUCAGAGCUGGGCGGCGGGCAGCACACACCCGCUGGACUGUAAUAACUGCACCUGCGCAGACGGAGAGCUGCACUGCACUGAUCACGCCUGCGCAGACGCCAGCAGCUGCAGCUGGAGCUCCUGGUCCACCUGGGCGUCCUGCAGCGCCACCUGCGGCCCGGGGCGGAGGACACGCUUCAGAUCUCUGGUCCCGGAGGCUGACGGCGUGAGCUGCCAGUUCGAGGAGGUCCAGCACAAGGUGUGUGACCCGGGCCCGUGUCCUCCGCUGUGUGUGCGGGACCAGCGCCAGCUGGCGGUCGGAGACUCCUGGUUACUGGGCGAGUGUGAGCAAUGCACCUGCAUCCCUGAAGGAGAAUACUGCCAAGAUAUCGACUGUCGAGUGGACGGUGGAUGGACGCCGUGGUCCGUGUGGUCGGACUGUCCCGUGACGUGUGGGAAGAGUACACAGAUCCGCACCCGCGCCUGUAUCAACCCUCCGCCGCGACACAACGGCACACACUGCACUGGACCUGAGAGAGACACCCAGGACUGUCACGCUGCACUGUGUCUUGACGACCUUUGCCCCUGGUCCCCGUGGUCGGCCUGUUCGCGCAGCUGCGGGUCAGGCGUGAUGUCCAGGCGCCGGGAGUGUGUGUGUGAGGACGACGGGGAUCACGCGUGUCCUCCGGAGCUGGAGAGGGGCGGCGAGGAGACUCAGCUGUGUUAUAACAGACCCUGUCCAGCCUGUCCGAUGUCAGAAUGGAGUGUGUGGAGCGAGUGUUCGUGUGUGUCUCAGUAUCAGCAGAGGUUUCGUGCGCCGCUCGUGUCGGCCAGUAGAGGGCAGAACUGCAGAGAUCUGGAGCGCCAGAGCCGACCCUGCACACCGGACCACUGCCACGAUUGUGAGAAGCCGUUCCUGUUCUCUGAAUGUGGAUCUCCCUGUGAGAGACAGUGUGAUCUGUUGGGUCAAACACACACGUGUGUGUCCCGUCAGAACUGCACAGCCGGCUGCUUCUGUCCCGAGGGUCUCCUGCAUCAGAACGGGUCGUGUGUUCCUCAGGAUCAGUGUGGAUGUGUUCAGCUUCUUCAUCAGGACUCAGACAAACCUGUGGCCAUCACUGUCCAGCAGGGGGCGCUGGUGACCAUCGGCUGCACUACAUGUCUUUGCCACGCCGGCUCUCUUCAGUGUGAUUUACAGGAAUGUGAAGUGAUGGUCAGCGAGUGGUCAGAAUGGACCUCUUGCUCUCCGUGUAUCCCAGCAUCCUCUGCUGUCCCCGAUCUGGUGUCGCUCCAGAGACGGUACCGGGCCUGUCUGGAUGUGGACUCUGGGCGUCCGGCCCGCGGGAGAGAGAGCGAGUGUGGCGAGGCGCUCGAGGAAGAGAGGAUCUGUCCACAGCCUGACAUUUGCACCGAUCUGUGUCACUGGAGUGUGUGGAGCGCGUGGAGUGUGUGUAAAGACCCCUGCAGUGGCGGAUACCGGCAGCGGGAGCGCCGACCUCUGACCUCUGACCCCGGACCGCACUGCAGGAACCUGCAGACACAGUCUCAGAGCUGCAACACAGGCCUCUGUCCUGGUGAGCAUUGUGAGGACAGAGGGCGUGUCUUUGACUCCUCCUGUGCCAAUCAGUGUCCCCGCAGCUGCGCUGACCUUUGGGGUCACGUCCAGUGUCUGCAGGGCUCCUGUCAUCCAGGGUGUCGGUGUGCAGAGGGCCGGCUGUUGCAGGACGGAGUGUGUGUGCGCGUGGACGAGUGUCGCUGUGGGGCUCCAGUGGAGAACGGGACGCUAGAGAUCCGGCCCGGAGACAACAUCACCGUCAGCUGCAACACCUGUGUGUGUGUCAACGGCUCUCUGGCGUGUUCUGACCGGGUGUGUCCGCUCUACGGCCCGUGGGGAUCGUGGAGUGUGUGUUCGGUCUCGUGUGGGACGGGGCAGAGGACACGCCGACGGACCUGCACACACACACCUGGAGGACCGGCGUGCACUGAGACCCUUCAGAGGGAAAUCUGCUCUCGGGCGCCCUGUCCAGCCGGUUGUGUGUUGAGCGAGUGGUCGUCCUGGAGCGACUGCAGCGCCUCCUGUGGCGGAGGAGUGUCACUGCGCAGGAAGACCGUCCUUCAGGAACCAGAACCAGGGGGUCCGACCUGCUCCCGACCCCUCGAACAACACACCGCGUGCAACACUAACAACUGCCUGCCUGAUUGUCCCGCUGGUCAGGUGUUCAGCACAUGUGCCGGGUCGUGUCCGUACAGCUGUGAGGAUCUGUGGCCGGAGAACGAGUGUGUGUCGGUGUCCUGCAGUCCUGGGUGCCGUUGCCCGCCUGGAGCCGUGAUGCUCAACGGAAGCUGCGUUCCUCAAUCCCAGUGUCCUUGCUCCGUCCUCUCGCUCCUGUCGGCGUCUCCCAACGUCACCCUUGACCCCCAGGAGCCGGAGGUCCCCGCCGGAGCCGUCGUCCCAAACCUGUGCAACUCAUGUGUUUGUGACGGCGGACUCUUUAUCUGCACUAACGAGUCAUGUGACGUGGACUGUGAGUGGAGCGUGUGGUCCUCGUGGAGCUCUUGUUCCUCGUCCUGCGGUUCUGGACAUCAGUUCUCCAGCCGGACCGUACGCCGACAACACCAGUACAGAGGACAGGAGUGUGAGGGCCCGUCACACACACAGCGAGUCUGCAGGGGCCCCGAAUGUGAGUGUCCUGAGGGCGAGCGCUGGCUCUGGAGUGUGUCCGGGCCCGAGCGAGUGUGUGAGAGGGGGUGUGUGGACCUCUACAGGCCGGAGCCGCUCAACUGCACCGGCGCCGGGGCCUCGGAGGGGUGUGUGUGUGAGGAGGGCCGCUACCGGAGCCUGGACGGCCGCUGUGUGAUUCCAGCGCUCUGUCCGUGUGAAGAAGACGACGGGACGAUUCGAGAGCCGGGGUUGGAGUGGGUUGACGGCUGUCAGUCGUGUCGCUGUAUCAAUGGCCAGAAACACUGUCAAUCAAACUGUCCUCCACUGCAGUGCUCUGAGACUGACCCGUUGUCCAGGCAACCGCUCCGGUCCGAGAUCGAGUCCCAGAUUGUUCUGGAGUGA